GUUUUCUUGUGACUGAAAAUCUAAAGAUUAGAGCAAUCAAUAGUAUGAUCAGACUAGCGAUUCCAGAAUCAAUAUUCUCGGAAAUAUCAAAAUUGAGAAAAAUUUUUAAAUUUACUGUGAUUGUUAUAGAAAAUGAAAAUAUUAGUUUAGAAAAUUUUCUUGUAGAAAUACGAGAUUUAAACAUUACUUUAAAUUAUUUUCAGGAGAUUAAUAAAGAUAACUUUUUGACUUUACUUACCGCUAUCAUAAAAAAAAAAAAGAGUGCCGAGUCAAAUUAUGUUAGUCAUAGACCAGGUAAUGAAUUAAAUGAUUUAUUAUGCCAAUUCGUUUCAUCAGCGAUAGAAUUCUUAAAGAUGCCAAUUCGUUUAAUCGGUGAUAGCAUUCUCAAAGAUGCUAAUUCCUUUCUCAAAGAUUCUAUUCGUUUUCAUCGGUGUAGCAUUCUUAAAGAAGCUAUUAGUUUUCUUGAAGAUGCUAUUCUAGACUGGAAGCAAGGGUUAAAAGAUUCUGAUCUGCUUAUUUGCGAUCAAAUCCGUAACUCGAUUAAGAACACAACCAAAGAAAAAGUAGAUUGGAAUGACCUAAAAGAGAAAUAUUUAAGUCAGCAGGAUAAAGAAAAUUUUAUUAAAAAGUUUCAAGAAGACUGGUUAAUCAAAAGAGAUUCUACGGUUGCAAAAAAUCAAAAAUGUUCAGUUGAUGUUGUAGUUCUUGAAAGAACAAAUUAUCAACGAUUCAAUGAACUUCAUGAAACCAUUGGAAAAAAAAUCUUAUUACUUCCUAUGCCAACAUCUUUUUUCACCGCUCAUGAUAAAGGAAGUAAGAUUCAUUCUGAUGAACUUCCAACCCAGUUACAAAAAUUGCAAUAUUCGUCAAACGUCGUAGAUCAAUAUGAAAUUUGUCGUUUUUACAAUUCGGAAUCAGUCAUCGUACCAGAUGGUCUUCGUAAAAAUUAUCCAAAAGAUAUUGACUUUGAUCAGCUACCGAAUCGAAAUAAUAGAGCAAGAAAUCCGAUUGUAGUUAUGGGAAGAUUUCAGACAUUUUUACCUGGCUACUACGGUUCUAGAGGUGCAAGUGUUAUCUUUAAGACUCUCAUUUCUCUUUUCAUUGAUUUAAAGAAAUUAUCAUCAGAUAUGACAUUUCCUCAAAAACCUUUGGAUUAUCUUACCGAAGUUCUGGUACCUGAAACUGCUAUCAGGUUAAUAGCCGAUGAUCGAAAUAUUACACUAGAUGAAGCAGCAAAGGUGAUGGCAGACAGUGUAGAUUUUGGAUUGUAUAUUCAUGAUGUAGAGGAUGAUGAUAUGGAA